AUGUUUUGACGUCUAUGCAUUGUUUCAGUCGAAAUGGCACCCCGCAAAGGAGCUGGUAAAGGGGACAAGAAGAAACAGACGAUCAACGAGGUCAUUACAAAGGAAUGCACUAUCAACGUCCACAAGAGGAUUCAUGGAAUUGGCUUCAAGAAGAGGGCUCCCCGUGCCAUCAAAGCUGUGCGUAAAUUCGCAGAGAAAAUGAUGGGAACUCCAGAUGUCAGGAUAGACACAAGGCUUAACAAGCAUGUGUGGUCACAGGGUGUCAGGAACGUUCCCUACAGAGUACGUGUACGACUAGCUCGUAAGAGGAACGACGAUGAAGACUCCACUAACAGAUUUUACACGCUUGUUACAUAUGUACCAUGUGCAUCCUUUAAAGGUACACAGACGAUUAACGUGGACAAUGAAUAAAUUAUGUGUACAAAUCUGGUAAUAAAAAGAAAAAAUAUCAA